UGCGCCGGCCGGUCCCCUGCUUCGCGGGGACAGGAGCCGGGAAAGAUGUGGGUGUUUGGCUAUGGGUCGCUCAUCUGGAAGGUGGACUUCCCCUAUCAGGACAAGCUAGUUGGCUACAUCACGAACUACAGCAGGCGCUUCUGGCAAGGCAGCACCGACCACCGCGGGGUCCCGGGCAAGCCUGGAAGAGUUGUGACUCUUGUCGAAGACCCUGGGGGUUGUGUAUGGGGCGUUGCUUACAAACUCCCUGCAGGAAAAGAAGAGGAAGUAAAGACAUACCUUGACUUCAGGGAGAAAGGAGGCUACAGAACCACAACAGUCAUUUUUUAUCCAAAAGAUCCCACAACAAAACCAUUCACUGUGCUGCUGUAUAUAGGAACAUGUGAUAAUCCAAAUUAUCUUGGUCCUGCGCCUCUGGAAGACAUUGCUGAACAAAUUUUUAAUGCAUCUGGUCCAAGUGGAAGAAAUACAGAAUAUCUUUUUGAACUUGCAAACUCUAUUAGAAAACUUGUGCCAGAAGAUGCAGAUGAACAUCUUUUCUCUUUAGAAAAAUUAGUAAAGGAACGUUUAGAAGAAAAAUAGCACCUCAGUAGUAUAUAUAUAUAUAUAUCCUUCUCCAAACAGAGCUUUUGGUUUUCAGAGAAUAAUUUCAGUGUACAAUGGCAUAUGUUCUGGAAAUGUAUUUGUUACAUAUAUCAUCUAAAUUUAUGUAGUUUACUUACAAGUGCCCUGAAACAUACAUUCAGAGGUUUGGCAUUAAAAAAAAAAAAUCAAUUGCUGAAUGUGGUGAUGCAUGCCUUUAAU